AUGACAACUUCAAGUAUUAUUAAUUUACAAAUGAAUAAUAACAAUAAUUCUAAAAUUCAAUCAGAAAAAAUUAAAGAUAAUAAACAAGAAUGUUCUAAUAAUAUUACUUCAUCAAUGAUUGCUCGUCUCGAAUUUCCGAAUCAACAACAACAACAAUCUAAUGAUGAUAAAUUACAAUUAAAAUAUUCUUGGGGUACUUACUUUUACAAGGCUGAUAAACAACGAGAUUGGAAACAAAAUGUUAUCUAUAUAACAUCUAUCAGUUAUAUUGAAGAUUUUUGGUCAUUUUAUACUCAUACAUAUGGUCUAAGAGAUCUAUCAAAUGGAUCUGAUUAUAUGUUUUUCAAAUCCGGCUGUCUUCCAAUGUGGGAAGAUGUAUCAUCACGUGGUGGUGGUAAAUGGAUAAUUACAGUUGAUCCAAAACGACGUAAACGUGAUCUUGAUGGUUAUUGGCUUCAUUUAAUGUUACUUCUUAUUGGCGACAUGUUUGGUGUUAAUUUGAGUCCAUAUAUCAAUGGUGCCGUUGUUUCAUUACGUGUCAAAGGUGAUCGAUUAGCUUUAUGGUUAAAAAAGAUUGAUGAUUUAAAUUUAAUUAAAUCAAUUGGAAUGAAAUUUAAAGAUCUACUUAAUAUUCCAUCUGAUAUUCAACUUAUUUAUGAAUAUCAUGAACCGAAAUUCGAUGACUAUAAUAAUGAAAUUCGUCUUGUGCUUUAA